CCGUUGUUUACUUUCGGUGGCGAUGUGGUCGCAUCCUCAACUGGCGCCGGGUGUUGGUUCGAUCCCGGCGGUGCUGCUUCUCCUCACGGUGUGGGCACCGCUGCUGCCUGGCGCCUUGGGGCCGGGGCAGUGUGAAGCAUGUUUAGCACACAAGCAGCAAAGAUCAUGAAGACUGGCUGGCAUGCAGCAAGUGAUGCAUUGUAACAUUUUGUACAUGUUUGUUUUCCCCUCCCAUCCAGUGUGCGUUGGAUUUCUGGAGAGAUUUUACAGCUAUUUGAAGGCACAGAAUGUGGAACUAACACCUGCACUUGUGGCAAAGGAGCUGAUGCUAAUGUGUGAACACACCAAAGGAAAGGAGAACCGGCUGUGCUACUAUAUCGGAGCAACAAGUGACGCCGCAACGAAGAUCAUCAAUGAAGUAGCCCGUCCCAUGAGUGCCCAUGUGCCUGUACCGAAGAUCUGUGAGAAGCUCAGAAAGACAGAUGCUCAGAUAUGCGAGCUAAAAUAUGAUAAGAAAUUGAAUUUGAAUAAAGAUGAACUAUCCAAACUGAGAGUGGCCGAACUGAAGAGGAUUCUGGACAACUGGGGAGAGAAAUGCUUAGCUUGUGCAGAGAAAAUUGAGUUUAUCAAUUUAAUCUUGGAGUUGGCUAAAAUAUAUGAGUCGGAUGAACUGGAUUUGAACUCUGAUCUAUAAAGUUUCUGUGUUUUAUAAAUCUGUAACCCACCUGAUUAUUGUAAAUAAAUAUGCUGCAGAGAACAUCCUAUAAAGAAAGGUAUCA